AUGGAUUCGUCCUUCACCAACGUCGGCACCGUCGCCGUCAUACAGCCGCCGUCAUCCGAGCCUGGCUCCGGAAGCACCGGUCUCGUGAUUGAGAACAUAGUCAUGUCGGGCGUCACCACCGCCGUUGCUGACACAAAUGGCCGCUCCCUCCUGGCCCCGUCGGCUAGGGUGGAUGAGUGGGUGUUAGGUCCCGUAUACUCGGGCUUGGCUGAUACCAGUGCUCGCUCCUUUUCGUCUGGCGGUAAGAUUGGAAGGUAUCGUAGGGACAGCGCGCUCCUGGAUGAAAAGGGUGCUUUCUAUGAGCGUCCCAAGCCGCAGUACGAGGACCGCGAUGUGGCGGACUUUCUCCACGUCAAGGAUUUUGGCGCCAAAGGCGAUGGCCAAACGGAUGACACGGCCGCCAUCCAGAAGGCUAUAAACUCCAGCCAGGGCAAGAUUUUAUUCAUUGACGCCGGCUCGUACAUUCUGACACAGACCGUCACGGUGCCGGCGGGCGUAAAAGUGAUCGGCGCGACAUGGUCCCAGCUGGUCGCCCAGGGAUCGGCCUUCUCUGAUGAGACGAAGCCCACCGUCAUGCUCGGUGUGGGCUUCCCCGGCCAGGUCGGCAACGUCGAGAUGCAGGACCUCAUCUUUACCACAAAGGGUCCUACAGCUGGCGCCGUGCUCAUCGAGUGGAAUAUGGCCGCGGAUGCAAAGGGGUCGGCUGCCCUCUGGGAUUGCCACGUCCGCAUCGGCGGCGCAACAGGCACCGACUUGACACCCACAGUGUGUCCUGCCAUAACUUCAGGUAUCGCCCCGGGCUGCAACGCCGCCAGUCUGAUGAUGCACAUCACACGGGGCGCCUCAGGAUACUUCGAGAAUAUGUGGCUGUUGGUGGCCGAUCAUAUGAUCGACGACCUGGACCUGGAGAACGCCAAUAACACCAUGGUACAGAACUCGGUACAUGUCGCGCGAGGUCUGCUGGUUGAGAGCAAUGAGCCUACCUGGCUCUAUGGCACGUCGUCGGAGCAUGCUGUUAUGUACCAGUACAAUUUCAAUAACGCCUCGAGCAUUUUUGCCGCCAUGAUCCAGACCGAGUCGCCCUACUAUCAACCCACCCCCCACCCGCCUGCCCCUUUCAGCAACACCGUCGGUAUCUCCCCUGGUGACCCGGACUACGCCUGCGCUAUGGGCGACGAGUUCAGCGGUUGCGACCAGUCGUGGGCCGUCGUGAUGCGCGGUUGCGAGGACAUCGUGGUCGCCGGGGCCGGCCUGUACUCAUGGUUCUCGACUUACAUCCAGGAUUGCAUCAGCGGGCAGCUCUGUCAGAAGGCGCUGGUGCUUCUCGAGGAUAACCACGCUAGCGUGCGCUGGGAGCAUCUUGUCACCAUCGGUGCCAAGUAUAUGGUCGUCAUGGAUGGCAAAGGCAUCGCGGCCAAGGAUAACCUCAACGUCAACGCACACCCCUUUUGGUCGCAGGUGUCGCUGCUCGACGUCACCAGUGAUGGUAAACAGUAUAACGAUAUUCUAUGGCUCGACCCCUCCAUCUGGGACAUGGCCCAGCCCGAGUUUUCAUGUCAGCCGCCCUGCCGCGUCAAGAUCCCACCGUACACAGGCGCGACCACCACAGUCAACUACCCACUCAUGACUGUCAGCAAGGAUGCGUGGACGAGCACCAUUACGGUGCGGCCCCUAACAUUGUCCAAGAUAGGAUUCGAGGUGAUGACGCUGGUCGAGGGCGGUCCCAACGUGAAGAGGGAUGGUCUAAACCGCCGGGCUUUCGAGGAAUUCUGGCCCAUCCCCGCCACAACGGCUGCCUGGCCCGUAGUCGUGUACAACGGGCCAGACGGCAGAGCAUCGACGGCGAGUCCUACUGCGGCCUAUCCAACGCCACCUCCGUCCAUCGGACCUGACGCGCCGCCGCCGCAGAAGGGCGCAUGGCCAGCGCGCCCCCUCCGGCCGCAUGUCGCCCUCCAGCCACGAGCUGCUCUCGCCGUGGACCCCAACGCCGAAAUAAGUGAACGCCUCAAGGAUUGGAUAUUUGCUGGACUGUCCGAACAAACGACCAACAACGACUCGGGUCAGGUGCCGAUCGGCGAGGGCUGGGGCUGGGACGUCCCCCAAAUUUCAUACAACGGCACCAUGCUCGUGCCCGGAGGGUUCCCCUUUGGCCAAAUCAUCGGUAUUCUCGGGGUUAUGUGCGAACAACCGCAGCAGACCACCACUACCACGACCAGGGCGCAGACAACCGAGCCUUCCAAACCCACAGAGAAGCCGCUAAAACGGCCCGACGCCAACAAGAACGAAAUUAACUGCUAUGGAAGCGGGCGGAAGAUGAGCAACAAGCGGCUGCGGAAUGGCAUCAACUCUUUCUGCAGGAACAUAGGCUCAGCGGUCGGCGUCGAGGCCCGCGGCCUAGAAGGUAGGGCCACCGGGGAGCUCAAGGCCGGCUAUAAGAAGGAAUACAUAAAGCCCUUUUCUGGACAGGAAGAGAUUCGUUUCAGUUUCGAGGUACUGGAUGGUUGCACGUGGACGUUCGACUUUGACGAGUGUACACGGUACUUCAAGACGCCUGUUGAUAGCUGUAACUGCGGUGGAGAGAACGGCAAGCAGGGCGGUCGUGGGGAAAAUGAUUGUCUCAAGUGGACGACCGACCCAAAUCGAUCCAAGUGGUAG